UAUAGUGAUAUAUUUCUCACGCACCGUUCAAUAAUGAAAGUAAAAAUGAACUUUGAACAGUUUUUUAUCUUUAUCUACUGUUUACUUGCUAUUCUUAGGUUGACACGGAGUGAGAAUUGUAAAAAAAUUGAUGAUUGUAGCUGUCAAACAUCAAAGGGGACUGUUGAUUUACACAAGAUUCCUAAGGACCAGGUUUUAACAAUAAUUGAUAAUAAGGGUUACACAUAUCAGUUUCGACCAUGUGAGGCAUUGUCAGGGACCUGUGGUGACGCAAGUGCAGGUGUAGCUGUAUGUCAGAGAGACAAAGACAUAAGUUAUGAUGUAGGUGAUUUGUCUUCUGUGGUAUUCAGUGGAGAUCCUGAUUCAAGUUUAACAGCAAAUUACACAACAGCUGGUGGUAUAAAAUCGUCAAUUAUUACUAUCAAAUGUGACAGAGGGACAACAGGGAAGUUCACAUCCGGUUAUGAAGGACCCCAAAAUACAUACAAUUUUGAGCUACACACACAGUAUGCAUGUUUUGGCAGCUCGGGAGGAGGUGGCACACCCAGUAAGAAGAUUAGCACUGGAUCUGUAUUACUUAUUUUAUUCUUUGUGUUUUUGGGAAUCUAUUUUAUUGGUGGUAUGUUAUUUCUGAAAUUUGCCCGAGGAGCACAAGGCACGGAGAUGGUACCAAAUUACGACUUCUGGUCCUCAUUGCCUGGUUAUAUCAAGGAUGGAAUAACUUUUACCUGCAGAGGUUGUAAAACAGAAUCAUCCUAUUCCCAGAUAUGAAGCCAUGAAACCAAAGUGCUUUACUCACAUGUGAUCAGUUUUGUAGAAUCCAGAUUUUUAGAUCCAGAUAAAUUGCAGACACUUUUCAUCCUAUGCCAUCCUGAAUAAUGUUUAUGUACAUUUUGUAAUCAGCUUCCAACUUUGUUCUACAUGCAUAAUUAUACUCUAUUCAUUUGACUGCAUCUGAGAUGCACAGAUCAUGUUAAAUGUUCAUUGUACCUCAUCUGAGAUAUACAGAUAAUGUUAAAUGUU